AUGCUUGAAUAUACAAGAACAGUUUCGCUGGUUACAUGCAUGGACCUUUCAAGAAAUAACUUAUCAGGAGAGAUCCCUGAAGGACUUACAAGUCUUUUGGGAUUGCAUGUCUUAAACUUAUCUGGAAACCAUUUGAUUGGAAGGAUCCCAAAUAAGAUUGGUAAAUUGGCAUCGCUGGAGUCUCUUGAUUUAUCAAAAAAUCUACUUUCAGGUAUAAUUCCUCUAAGCAUGUCAAAUUUAACUUUUCUAAGUUGGUUGAACUUGUUAUUUAACAACUUGUGGGAGAGAAUUCCAUUUGGAAAUCAGCUCCAGACAUUCCAAGAUCCUUCUAUUUAUAUGGGCAACAACGGACUUAGUGGACCUCCUCUUCUAGAUAAAUGUGUUAGUGAUGAGACUCCUCCAGGUCCUGGUGACGUUGAAAAAGAUGAAGGAGAUGAUGAGAUGCCUUGGUUUUACUCUGGGUUGGGACCAGGAUUUGCAGUUGGGUUUUGGGCCUUAUGUGGCAUUUUAGUGUUCAAGAGAUCUUGGAGGAUUGCCUAUUACCGCUUCUUUGAUGAGAUGAAAGAUAGACUCUUUUAA